UUGUGAAUGGUUCCGGUCUUUGGUCAGAUGCGGUCACUGGCUGUCCGGGACCGACUCGUCCUCCACCCCGAGCCAAGUUUCUCGCCGUGUGCGCCUCUCUAUUGUUAGCGGGCAGCAGCUCCCUCUGCAGGGGGCCCGGCCGCUGCUGAAUGGGGCGUCCCGCACUGUGAGCUAUACCCUCAUCAACAAGUUCCCGAGGAUCAGACCUCAGACUUCUGCACGUCUCUGCUCUGCUCUCUGUUGUCUGGCUCAUUACUUUUUUACACCAAAGUUACAGAGCUGCAUGAUACCUUUUCCCCCUCUCCCCCUGUCUCUCUCAGUAUUUAGAGUCCACCUGACAAGAUGAGACUGACGUUAUGGACGCUGCCCAUCAAGGAGAACCCAUGUACCUCUCUGUCGAGUGUCACCGUUGCUCUGUGUCUUCUCACCCUCCUCCUGAUGGCCCUCAGGGGCCGAAAGAGCCACCACCACUCUUCCCGAUUGGACCACACUAAAUAUCCCCUUCCUCCUGGACCCACGCCAUGGCCCCUUGUUGGCAAUUUGCUCCAGAUGGGGGACCAGAUUCAUCUUUCUCUGACCCACUUGAGGCUCCAGUACGGCGAUGUUUUCCAGAUGCGUCUGGGCUCUCUGACGGUUGUCGUGCUGAGUGGAUACUCCACCAUCAGACAGGCGCUGGUUCGACAGGGAGAAGCUUUUGCCGGGCGACCUGACCUUUUCACCUUUUCCGCCGUAGCCAACGGCACCAGUAUGACCUUCAGUGAGAAGUACGGCCCGGCCUGGAUGCUUCAUAAGAAGCUGUGUAAGAACGCCCUCCGGUCUUUCUCCCAGGCCGAACCCAGAGGGUCCGGUGCCACCUGCCUGCUGGAGGAGCACGUCUGUGCCGAGGCAGCUGAGAUGGUGGAGGUGAUUCGAGAGCAGGCUGCUGCUGCCAAAGGGGAAACAAUAGGUAUAGAUCCGGUGAAGCCCCUGGUGACUUCAGUGGCGAACGUCGUCUGUGCCCUGUGUUUUGGGAAAAGGUACGACUACAAUGACAAGGAGUUCCUCACUAUGGUCCACAUCAACAACGAGGUCCUGAGGAUCUUCGCAGCAGGGAACCUGGCUGAUUUUUUCCCCGUGUUCCGCUACUUUCCGAGUCCGUCUCUGAGGAAGAUGGUCCAGCACAUCCACAGGAUGAACGGAUUCAUGGAACGGAGCAUCGAGGAACACAUCAGCACCUUUGAUAAGAACUGUAUCCGGGACAUAACAGACGCUCUGAUUGCACUUUGUGAGGACAGAGAAGAAACUAAAGACACGUCUGAACUCUCCAACUCUCAGAUCAUUCACACCGUCAUAGACAUCUUUGGAGCAGGAUUUGACACCAUCAUCGCUGGUCUACAGUGGAGCCUUUUGUACCUGAUCAAGUAUCCAGACCUCCAGGACAGAAUACACCAGGAGAUAGACGACCACAUUGGUACAGCCAGACUGCCCAGGUUUUCAGAUAAGCCCAAGAUGCCUUUCACGGAGGCGUUCAUAUACGAAGUGUUUCGCCACGCUUCAUACGUCCCUUUCACCAUUCCUCACUGUACCACGAGAAACAUCACCCUGAAUGGAUAUUUCAUUCCCAAAGACACCUGUGUCUUUAUUAACCAGUAUCAAGUCAAUCAUGAUGUUGACCUUUGGGGAGAGCCGGACACGUUUCGUCCCGAACGCUUCCUGGGUUCCUCGGGACUCCUCAACAAGGAGCUGACGGAGAAGGUCCUCAUCUUCGGCAUGGGGAAGAGACGCUGCCUCGGCGAUGGAUUUGCACGUUUGGAGAUGUUUGUCUUUCUCGCCACGCUGCUCCACGGGCUGCGGAUUGAAAAUGUUCCAGGGCAGGAGCUGGAUCUCAGCACCGAUUUUGGUCUGACUAUGAAACCGCGUCCGUACAGGAUUACCAUCUCCUCGAGGUUUUAGACCAAAUGAUGCUCUGUGUGGAUGUUUUGGAAUAUCACAACACAAUUUCUAAUUAUUCUUAUUAUUAGCCACCAUAUUUGGUUAACCAAAAGGGAAAUAUACUGUACGUAUAAUUAUGUUUCUAAGAUUUUAAAAAGUAGCUAUAAAUAGCAUAGAAUAUGAACUAACUUAGUUUCUGUAUUGAACACAAUGUUUAAGACAAUGGAGGGUCAUUCAAAGUGCCUCUGUGCCCGUACUUUGAAAGGGUCCCUCUGCCUUCCUGUCCCGCCACAUUAAAAAUGAAAUUGAAAACAGCGCCUCAUUAAAAGCCUUUAUCUUAAGUUAUUAGUUACAGUUAAACACUAAGGGAGGGAGAGAGAGGGUGUUUCAGAUUGGCGUUCAGCGCCUCAGGCCUCAAACUGUGUUCACGCAGGGUUCAUCCUCACUCUUCGUCCGCCCUCUCCUCCUCCUCCUCCUCGCUUCAACUUCUCUCCUAUCUCCUCCUCAUCAGUCAGAUUCCUUUCAUCUCCUCAUCCCCCUGAUGUCCUUGUCUUCUCCAUGUCCUUAUCCCCCUCCUCUAUAGCUCCUCCUCCUCUUUUAUCGUAGCUUCAAGGCAAACACUGUUGAGCUAACUCAUCUGCUAAAAUCUCCAAAGUCUCACCCAGUGGCCCUCUGAGGAAUGACGCAAAUAUAUAUAUUAAGACAUGCAGUCUUUUUGAACAUCCUCCUCCUCUCCCAUCAGUGCUGUGACCUCCCACACACUCAGAUUAGAUACAGUCCCAGACCUCUUUGAGGGCGGUAAAGAGGACAGCAGCAGAGUGUGAAAUCAGGCAUUUCUAAUUUAGUAAGCUAAAUGUAAAGAAGCAUGGCGUAUGGAAAAAAGAGGAGACGGGUAGAAUUACUUAUCCUUGAAGGGAAAGUUUGAAAGUUUUGUUCAUGACAGUAUUAACUCUGUUAAACUUGUAUCUAUUCAGGAAAAGUCUACUGAGGUCUUUCCCAACAGAGUCCUACCUGUUAAAGACACAGUAGUGUCACAGUAGUGUUGACCAGUGAGUUGUUAGACUUGAAUGGAUGGUGAAUAUCAUAACGUCUGAGGUCAUACUUGUAACUUGAAAAAUAAAAAGGAAAAUGCUUAAAGAGACUGUUUGUAACUUCUUACACAUACAUUCUUAUGAAUCAUUGCGGGUCGGUGUUUCACAUGCGCGAUCGCGUUUGGCUACGAUGUUCCAACACAAACUACACAGAAGCACCAAAUCCGCAAAGUUAUAUCUA